GUCUGCCUGUGGCCGCUGCCGGUCUACGCCCGCCUCCACUGUCACAGUCCUGCACGUUGUUCCAAGAGCAGCGGAAAAUGAAUCAGCCUCUGGGUUUCCAGAAAGGAAGCAAAACCACAGACUUGUCAACUGGCCUGGGCUGUGGAGACAGGGGAAGUACCAGGAAGGGGUGGACGACCCCAACCCAGCUAUACGGAAGGCCCAGCUCCGCUGUGCGCUCAACAAGAGCAGGGAAUUCAACCUGAUGUACGACGGCACCAAGGAGGUGCCCAUGAACCCAGUGAAGAUAUAUCAAGUGUGUGACAUCCCCCAGCCCCAGGGCUCUAUCAUUAACCCAGGAUCCACUGGAUCUGCUCCUUGGGAUGAGAAAGAUAAUGAUGUGGAUGAAGAAGAUGAGGAAGAUGAGCUGGACCAGUCACAGCACCACGUUCCCAUCCAGGACGCCUUCCCCUUCCUGAACAUCAAUGCCCUACAGCCACACCGGGAUUUCAUUGCCCUGAGAGAGGAGUUGGGGCGCAUCAGUGACUUCCACGAAGCCUAUACUUUCAAACAGGCUCCGGGCCAGCCAGUUUCCGGCUUAAGCAAGGAGAAUGUUCCAGCGGUAACCAACAAGGAGAACCUGGCGACGCCGGUCUCGACUCCAUUCCUGGAGCCGACCCUGGGGAGCGACGGCUCUACGGUCACUUUCGGGAAAACCCAAGAGGAUCCCAAACCAUUUUGCGUGGGCAGUGCCCCACCGAGUGUGGACGUCACCCCCACCUACACCAAAGACGGAGCUGACGAGGCAGGAUCAACCGAUGGCAAAGUUCUGAAACCGAAGCCAUCUAAGCUGGCAAAGAGAAUCGCAAACUCCGCUGGUUACGUGGGUGACCGGUUCAAGCGUGUCGCUACCGGACUGUACGCAGACUCCAGUCAGCUCGGCCGGGACCAGGGGGCAUUGCAGCGUGCGGUGAUGCGCUUCUCAGAGUUGGAGAUGAAAGAGCGAGAAGGUGGCCACCCCACGACCAAAGACUCCGAGGUGUGCAAAUUCAGCCCCGCUGACUGGAAAAGGCUGAAAGGAAGUCAGGACAAAAAGCCAAAGUCGGUCGCCCCGGAGGAGGCCAUUGCCGACCAGAACGACAGUGAGAGAUUGUGCGUGCUUGUGGCCUGUGGCCUGCAGCCUGCUCCGGACCCCAGAAACCUCACCGGUGAUGGGGAGUGUUAUGAUGGAAGCAAACCUGACCCCUUCAAAGCCCCAGAAGACAGUGAUCUUCCUGAGGACAUGGACACGGAGCCCCCCAGAGAGUCCCCCGCCGACCAGGCGGCCCCGGACGCGUCACGCAGCCCCACCCUCCGGCUGAACAGAAAGCGCAAGGUCUCUGGCAAUAGGAACCACACUGAGACCACUGUGCUCCCGGAGGACUCUCUGCUGAAAGCCAAGCGGAGACGGGUCUGCAAAGGGCUCCAUCCCAGAAAGCAGCGCCGCUUGCUGCACCUUAGAGAACGGCGGGAGCAGAGAGCAAACCUGGCCGGCAGGGCAGGAAGGAAGUGACCCAGGCG